AUUAUUGAACUCGGUUGGAUAAAGUGAAAGAUCAUUGGAACAUCUACCAUUUUAAAUUUUUCAAAGCUUAUGUUUUACAUUUUUUUUAUAAUCCGUUAAAAGUUCUGGUUUGUUUAUUUUUUUCUUAAUAUGGUGUAUAUUGAUUCAUGGGAAGAAUACGUAAAAGCAAUCGAGCAAUUGUGUCUUGAAGAGCCAAGCAAGUUUCGAUUUGUUGUGAAAUAUCGACAUUGUGAAGGAAAAUUGGUCAUGAAAGGAACAAACGACAAAAUAUGCUUAAAAUACAGAACAGAACAGCAGCAAGACUUGAAAAGACUAGAAAAGUUAAAUAACAUACUAUUGAGACACAUGGCUUGCAAGUAAAUGUCUUAACUUGUUGAGAUGGAUUUGAAAAUUGAAUAUAAUUUAUUGCAAUAUGAGAUGCUUUCUAAAUAAAUUCACAUGAUGAAGGCAA